GCUAUGCCAACUCCAAUUCACAUGAUAUGCCGCGAGAGCGAGAGCGAGAGAGAGAGAGAGAGAGAGAGAGAGAGAGAGAAGAGAGAAUGGCGGCAACGAGGGACGGAGAAAGUGAAUCUCUGCUUACAAGUUUCGAUCAGAUCUACGAGGACUUUAAGCAAGGUACCAAAGAAAUCCAAUCGCUGAAGUUGAGCUUCAAUGCCGAAGUCAAGAGGCAGGAAGCUCUUGAAAUCACCUGUAACAGUCUCAAAUCAGAUAAUGAGCGCUUAACAAAGCUGUAUACGGAGGCUAUAAACAAAGUAGCAGAUCAGCUUGAACAACGUGCCAGGUGCCAAUACUUAAAAGAGGAACUGAAGAAAAUGAAGGAUGAGCAUCUCGGUAAAGAAAAUGAACAUAAAAGGGCUGUAGAAUUGCUUAAAGAGGAGCAUGUGAGGAAGAUCACAGAUUUAGAGACACAGGUGAGAUGUUCUUUACAGCAACAAGUGGCAAAUGAAGCAACAAUAAACCAACUUUACCGAGACUUGGCUGCUUACAAGACCCAUGUAGAAGCCCUAACUAAAAGGCUGGAACAGGUUCAUGCUGAUGUGGAAUCAAAAUAUUAUGAUGAUAAUCAAGAUCUGAAGGACUGGCUCCUAAUUGAGCAGGAAGAGAAGAAUGAGCUGAACAAGAAGCUUCAAAAUACAGAAAAAGAAUUGCUUAUCUGCAAGACAAAAAUGGGAGAACAACAACGGGACUUAACUUCUAAUCGCGACUUGGAAACACUUAAGCAGAAGAUUAUGAAACUACGAAAGGAGAAUGAAGUCCUGAAGAAGGAGCUACACGCAUCUGAAGAUCGGCACCAGGCUGUUCCAUUUAAGAAUUUUCAGGCAGGGUAAUUUUUAGUGCAACAUGAUUCAAAUAUGUUCAUGGGAAAUGCACACAUGCGAGACAUUGGAAUUUUUUUUCUCUCAAUGUUGUUGAAGGAAUAUAUACCUGUAAGCAGAGAAUUCUUAUUAUGGUUCAUGGCCAUCCUUUGUUUCUUCACAAGCAAAUAUUUUGCAGCAAGGUAGUGAAUUAGGGCAGGACGACAAAGUGUUCUUCCCUUUGAUGCGAGUCUCAGUUAUACUAAUUUAUCUGUACAGGUUUCCAGGGCGUUAUAAUAAUGCUUGAUUCUUUUGUUGUCGAAUA